AUGUCGCUCCACGGCAGCGACCGCCGCGACACGUCGAGCUCGGGCGGAAAUGGCACCGUGGCAGCGGCAAAUCUGAGGCUGCGGCUGAACCCUAAUAAGGAGCACAGACCCGAUGGCUACGAGGACAUGCAAUUGGAUUUCAGUCCUAACAUCUUCAGUUCCUUGGAGAGGUACCUUCCUCCGAGCAUGCUCAACGUGUCCCGUGACGAUAAGGCCAAGUUCAUGCGUGAGAUUUUGCUCAAAUAUCUACCCGUCGGAGAACGCAGUAGAUCUCAAAAGCAUAGAGAAUACAGACAAAAGAUAAUAGAUAAUUAUCAGCCUCUGCAUCGGGAAUUGUACUAUGUGAAUCCUGCUACUUUCUUUGUCCCCUCAUUUCGGAGAGCAAUUAAUGAUAACACCGAGCAAAGCUUUAGAAGUAUAAUGUCUGAGCCCUCUCCAGGCAUUUUUGUAUUUGACAUAUUUCAAACUGAUUUUUGUGAGUUAUUGCUAUCUGAGAUUGAAAAUUUUGAGAAGUGGGUGACUGAAACAAAGUUUCGGAUAAUGCGUCCCAAUACAAUGAAUAAAUAUGGUGCUGUACUUGAUGACUUUGGACUUGAAAAAAUGCUUGACAAGCUUAUGGAAGGUUUUAUUCGUCCUUUAUCCAGAGUCUUAUUUGCAGAAGUUGGUGGGGCAACCCUGGAUUCUCAUCAUGGUUUUGUUGUAGAAUAUGGUAAAGAUAGAGAUGUUGACUUGGGUUUCCAUGUGGAUGACUCGGAAGUAACCUUAAAUGUUUGCUUGGGUAAGCAAUUUUCUGGAGGGGAAUUGUUUUUCCGGGGCAUACGAUGUGAGAAACAUGUAAAUACUGGAACUCAUUCAGAGGAGAUCUUUGAUUAUUCUCAUGUUCCUGGACGAGCUGUGCUUCAUCGGGGUCGUCAUCGCCAUGGUGCUAGAGCCACUACAUCCGGUAAUCGGGUCAACUUACUUUUGUGGUGCAGAAGUUCUGUCUUUAGGGAGAUGAAACGGUAUCAGAAAGAUUUCUCCAGCUGGUGUGGUGAGUGCAGCCGUGAGAAAAAGGAAAGGCAACGCUCAACAAUAGCUGCUACCAAAUUGGAGUUGUUCAGGAGGGAGGGUGAAUCCACUGCAUAA